CUUAUCACUAUCUGCAGGCAGCAGGAAGCUAAAGACUGGGUGCUUCUACUUAUAGCGUAUAUGUAUCUUUCUAAGGAACAAACAGAGCAUAGCUGUUAGUGUGUAUAUACUGUGCUUAUAACUCUUAUUAUGGUGCCUCUGUGUCAUUUUGGAAGGGAAACUUGAAACAUGGAACAGCAGGUCUGGGUUCGACUGGCCAAGUCCCUACUCCUAGUCAGCUGCCUCUUCAUGAUGCUCCUGUGCUUAGCCACCUGCAUCCUGACAGUAAUGACUGGGCUUGGAGGGCAUUUUACUGCGAUGAAAACCAACGCUCCCCCCGAUAGCCCACUCAGAGGAAAACAUAGUGCCAUGGUGCUUUAUGGCAGUGGGGUCAGUGCUUUGCUGCUGCUACUCAUCCUUCUCAGCUCCAUUUCUGUCCUGCGAGAGUCUCGGCACCUCAUGGCAUCGACUUUUCUUGGCUUUGGAUGUAUGUUCUGCAUUCUCACAACAGGAGUGACCUGGAUACAGGACUCUCAGCAACAGGUUGAUACCUCAUUACUAGAUGUUUAUGAUGGGCUCUAUGAGCAAGUCCUCCGGGACCCCCUACAUGUGCACAGGGAGCAACUGCAGAUAAUGCAUGAAACGCUCCAGUGCUGUGGAAAGUUCAGGGAUGGCUUACCAAGAACUGAGGUGCAUAGCUUGUGCAAGAAUGCAGAAGAGAGACAGGACUGUGUGGUAGUGAUUUCUAAGGUUCUUCAAACACACUGGACCUUGGUUCAAGUUGUACUUCUUGUUUCUCUUGGAUUUAUAGUUCAAGGAAUGUUCCUUUCCUCCUUCCUCUACUUCUCUUUCCCUAGAGGAGCAAACUGGGUUCGCAGAGGAGAAUACAGCCUGAAAAAUGCAUUGGAACUGCGCUCAGAUCUUAAUCCUGAUAUUCCCCUUGCUCGGCUUCUUCCCCGAGCUGAAUAAGAGCUAGAUAGAUAUCCAUAAACUCUUAUCCCAAUUACAGGAAGGACAUGUCCCACAGACUCAAUUUUAA